AUGGCCUCAGGGAAACCACGAGUCGGCUUUGCUGGACUGGGAGCAAUGGGUGGUGGCAUGGCGAAGAAUCUGGUCAAGGAAGGCUUCGAAGUGACUGGAUUUGAUGUAUACCAGCCUCUGGUUGAUUCGUUCGUCGAAGCCGGAGGAAAGGCAGCAAAGACACCAAAGGAAGCAGCUGAGCAUGCCGACUUCUUCGUGUCCAUGGUAGCCAACGCAGCACAAAACUCAAGUCUCUUCUUCGAUGGAGAUGAUGCGGUUAUCAAAGGACUAGGCAAAGGCAAGACAUUUAUACUUUGCUCUACCACUCCACCGGCCUUCCUCCACGAGCUUCGGAAGCGUUUGGACGACUCUGGGCGAGGAGAUAUCAAGCUCUUGGACUGUCCGGUUUCAGGCGGCACAAUUCGAGCGGCGAAUGGAACACUUUCCAUCUUCGAAUCUGGACCCGAAGCAGAGCUCGAUGAAGCUUCUCAGGUCUUACAAGCCAUGUCUGGCAACCUCUACCGCAUGGGCGGCAUCAGCGCUGGUACCAAGACCAAGACCAUCCACCAACUUCUUGCCGCGGUGAACAUUAUCACCGCAUCCGAAGCUCUCGCGCUCGCCGCGACCGUAGGUCUCAACACGCAAGCUGUAGCCGACCACGUCAAUUCCUCUUCCGGUGCAUCCUUCAUGUUCGAGAACCGUGCUCCUCAUGCACUGAAGAACGACUGGCACCCAUACUCGGCUCUGGCCAUUAUCCAAAAAGAUGCCAUGAUCGUUACUGAUACUGCUCGUCGAGAACACUACCCCGUCCCUCUCGUCGACACCGCCGAGCAACUAUACCUGCAAGGCGAACAAGCCGGUCUCCUACGUCUAGACGAUGCAGCUCUAGUCCAGCUCUACCUUCCAAAAUCCCAACCAGAUCUCGUCCACACCGCAUCACAAGCAGACGUCAACAUGACAAAAUCCCAUCAAAUCUCCAAAGACACAAUCGUCGACCUCCUCUCUGGAAUUCACCUCGCAGGUUCCGUCGAAGGCAUGGCAUUCUGCAAACAUCUCGGCGUCGAUCGUAAGAUCAUGUACGAGAUCAUCAGUAAAGCCGCAGGCUGGAAUGCAAUGUUCACGCGCGAUGAUACGAUUCAGGCUAUGCUGGAGAAGGACUCUUGGAGCUUAGCGGAUUGUCCUGCGGCGGAGGAAGUCGGGAAGAAAUUGAGCGAAGCUGUGGAAAAGUGUCGUUUGAUUCAAUUCCCUUGCGCGAUGGCUAGCAGUGCUCUGCAGCAGUUUUACUUUGCGGGACUGACAGGGAAGAGUAUUGGGAAGCAGGACCGUGGAGGACAUUCGUAG